AUGCUCAGCGACCCGGCGGCGGCCGCGGCCGCGGCCGAGAGGGACAGGGCGCGGGUGCACGAGUGCGCCGUCUGCGGCCUCGAGUUCUCCAUGGGCCAGGCGCUCGGCGGCCACAUGCGCUUCCACAGGGGCGAGGCGCCGCCACCAGCCGCGCACGACGACCCCACGGCGCAGACGGACCGGGACAUGCCGGACCUCAACUUGCGGCCGUUGGACGACGGCAACGGCAGCGGCAGCGGCGAUGGCCAAGGUCCACUGAUGCCGGCAAAUUCAAUAGGCCAAAUUCACAAAUAG